AGUCAAUUUUAGUCACCACACAAAUCAAACACUUCCCUUGCUUAGCUCCUGUUUGAGAAAAUCCAGAGAGUACAUUGCAAACUGUGAACCCUUCUUCCCUCAUCCUUCAUCUUUCUUUCUUUGUUGUGAUCGCAUCCGCUGCACUUGAGAUCCCAUCAUGGCUGCAAAACUUGAUGGUGGAGCUUAUCUCACUUCCUUUGUUGAUGCUAUUUUGGAGAAGCUUUCUCUAAUACUUGAAGAAGACGACUCAUUCCUGGAAAGGAACAUCUUGCUUGGAAGGUUAGAGAAAAGUCUGUAUGAGGCUGGACCUGUUCUUGAUGAUGCUGAGCAGAGGCAGUUCACUAAUAAGAAAGUGAAGAAGUGGCUUCUUGAUCUCCAAGAUGCUCUCUAUAAGGCUGAUGAUUUGGUCGAUGAGCUCUUCACUAAGGCCGCUAUCCCCACCACUCUAAGAGAUCCAGGUAUCUCUUCUUCCUGUUCUUCUCUUGUUGAUUCAUAUAUUGAAGGUAGUGGUGGCAUGGAAAAAAUAGUUGGUACACUAGAGUCUGUUGUAGCAAAGAAAAAUCGUCAUCGUCUGAAAGAGUGCGCCAAGGUGGACAUGUCAUCAUGGAGAACUCCAUCCACAUCUCUCGUUUUAAGUUCUGACAUAUUUGGUCGGGACAAAGACAAGGAGAAGAUAAUCAAAUUGCUGUUAGAUGAUACUCGUCAUGCUGAAUCACCUGUGACUGUCAUCCCCAUUGUGGGUAUGGGCGGAAUAGGAAAAACUACUUUGGCUCAAUUGGUUUACAAUGAUGACCAAGUGCAGCAAAAGUUUAAUGUUAAAGCAUGGGUUUGUGUUGGUGAAGUAUUUGAUGUUCUUAAGUUGACAAAGACUGUAGUGGAAAAAGCUACUUCUGGUUCUUGCAACAUGAAUGAUUUAGAUUCAGUUCAACAACGUUUAAGGACUCAGGUAACAGGGAGGAGAUUUUUGGUUGUUCUGGAUGACAUGUGGACCAAUCAUUAUGAUGAUUGGAAAACUUUUCUACGUGCCUUCCAGUGUGGAAGUCAGGGAGGUAAGAUUCUUGUAACAACCCGCAUUGAUGCUGUUGCUUCUAUGGUGAAAACAAUUCCAGUUCACAAUUUGAGUUUGUUGGAUGAUGAACAGUGCUGGUCUGUGUUUGCAAAUCAUGCAUUUUUCCCUACUGAAUCCAGAGAUCGUUUGGCUUUGGAAAAAGUUGGUAGAAAAAUUGUUGAGAAGUGCAAAGGACUGCCUUUGGCUGCUCAAUCACUUGGGGGCUUGUUGAGAAGCAAGGAUAAUGUAAGCGACUGGGAAGAUGUUUUGGUGAGUGAGAUUUGGGAGUUUUCUGAAGAUGAGUGUGGGAUUCUUCCUGCAUUGAGAAUAAGCUAUUAUUAUCUCCCUUCACACUUAAAACGCUGCUUUGUCUAUUGUUCUUUAUAUCCCAAAGAUUAUGAAUUCAAUAGAGGUGAAUUGAUAUUGUUGUGGAUGGCUGAAGAUCUUUUGCAACAACCAAAGAGUGGAAGUAUUUUAGAAGAUGUUGGAUAUAAAUACUUCAAUGAUUUAGCUGCACGAUCAUUCUUUCAACCUUCAAAGAAUGGUUAUGAAGAUUCAUUUGUGAUGCACGAUCUCAUGCAUGAUCUAGCGACAUUCUAUGGUGAAAAGUUCUUUGUUAGAAUCUCUGAACACGAGAAUGUAGCCCAACAUGAUACUAAAGCUCGUCAUUUGUCAUAUGAUCUCGACGACAAUAAUUCAGUCCGGAAGAUGUUGGAAGCAUGUAAGAGUUUAAGUCAUGUGAGGACCCUGUUUCCAAUCAAGGCAUAUUUAUACAGAGAGGGAAUUGAUACUUGUCGCAUACUAGCACAGUUGAAGCGCUUACGUGUUUUGUCAUUUACAUCAUUUAAAAUUGAUAUAUUGCCCGAAUCAAUUGGUGAAUUGAUCCACUUGCGUUAUUUGAAUCUCUCUAACACACUUGUCGUGACAUUGCCCAAGUCCUUGAAUAAUUUGUACAAUUUACAAACAUUGAAGUUGAGAAACUGUAAAAAACUUAAAAAGCUUCCCUCCAACAUGCAAAAUCUUGUGAAUCUGCGUCAUCUUGAUAUUGUGGGCACUGAUUUAGAAGAUAUGCCAAAAAAGAUGAGCAAAUUAAAAGAUUUGCAACUUUUAUGUAAGUAUAUGGUGGGGAAGCAAGAAGAGAAUGGAGUUGGGGAAUUGGGAGAACUAACACAUCUUCGUGGGCUAUUGAGUAUUGAGAAAUUAGAGAAUGUAAAUAGUAGUGUUGAAGCAUCAAAUGCAAGGAUGGAUGAAAAAAUCCAUCUGAGUACUUUACAUUUAAUGUGGUCAUCCGAUGAAGAUAGUGAUUUGGUUGAUUCCCAAAUUGAAAAAGAUGUACUUGACAAAUUACGUCCUCACAAAGACUUGAAGAGGCUAAGCUUAUGGGGUUACAGAGGUACAAUGUUUCCGGAUUGGGUAGGGCAGUCUUAUUACCACAACAUGACUUGGUUGGAGCUGAGUGGAUGCAGGAAUUGUUGGGUGGUUCCUUCACUUGGACAGUUACCCUCUCUGGAGAGGCUACUCAUUUCAGGGUUCAAGAAGGUGAAGAAGAUUGGUGGGUCACUCUAUAAGGGUGAUGGAACUCAUCAGCAUCAGGAGACACCCUUCCGAUCCCUUAAAUAUCUCUCAUUCUAUCAUAUGCCUUGGUGGGAGGAAUGGGAGUCAUAUGAAUGUGAUGAUGAUGAUGAUGCACCAUUUCCGAAACUUGAGACACUUGAGAUAUGGUUUUGUCCUAAGUUAAGAGGAGAUUUGCCCACUUUCCUUCCCUCUUUGAAAUUACUCCACAUUUCAGGAUGCGAGGAGCUUGGUUGUUAUCUGCCAAGAGCUCCCAUCAUUCGCGAAUUAAGAAUAUUUGGCAACCAGGAAGCAAGAAUGCGGGACCUACCACUUUCACUGCAACGACUAAGAAUCGAAGGAAAGCAGCUUGUGGAUUCUCUGUUUGAGGCCAUGGCCAUGACCCACACCCAACCAAACUCUCUCACGGUGUUAAGUAUCUCAAAUUGCUCAUCAGUGGUAUCAUUUGCAGGGGAUUCUUUGCCCCCUUCGUUGAAAGAGUUGCGCAUAUACGAUUGCAAGGAUGUAGAAUUCCCAAUGCAACACCAACAACAUGACUCACUAACGAGUCUUACAAUAAACAACAGCUGUGAUUCGCUUACAUCCAUCGCAUUUCCAGCGUUCCCGAAUCUCGAUGAUCUGACAAUUGAAAGAUGUGAAAAUUUGACAUCUCUGGAUCUGUCACAGUCACAGUCCCUCCGAGACCUAUUAAUUUCAGGCUGCCCUAAGCUGGAGAACAUAUUAAGGCUGCCUGCCUCUUUAAGGGAACUCAUAAUCAGAGCAUGUCCAUUGUUGGGUGAAGGCAUAGAGAGGAAGGACCCCCACAUUUGGCCAUCCAUUUCCCACAUCCCCCGCAUUCAACUUGAUGGGAAAUGGAUUCGCAAUGACUCAACAUCUUAAAACAGGAACAUAUAUUGAUUCUUCUGGGACUUGUCAAUUUAUUGCAUUUGGGUGCUGCGCCUCCAAUCUUAUGAUCUUAAAAGUUUUCUAUGUACUAAUUAUUUGCUGGUUGAGUACAUGGACAAGGAGCUAUGUAUAUACUUGAACUUUGUUGUCUCAGGCAGGAACUUCAAGCUUGAGUGGUAUAAUCCUGCACUGCAUUACUCUUGUGACUAUUUUCUUGUACAAUAUACUUUCUCAUGCACCUUUUUAUAACCAUUGUGAAUAAGGCUUUUCCUUUUGCUACAUUGAAGUAUGUACAAGACAAUCAUCAUGCCCAUGGUACAGCCUAUUUUACUGUGAUCAUAAUAAAAAAAGCACAAGCAUUAAAUUUAUCUCGUGUAUUUUUUCCAAUUUUCCACAAAAUUCUUAGAUUGUUGCUUUUUUACCCUUUUCUUUACCCUACUUGAGAGCAUGGUAAAACUUGGUUAUUUGGAGCAAAUAAUGUUGAAAGCAAGGUUGAGUGGCUGGUAUGGUGAUCUCAAAACAGUAUUCCUCAACUUAAGGAAGAAAUGAAUUCUGAGGCAUGUCUUUUGACUACUUUUGCACCACCCCUUGACUCACCCAAAUCUAAGGCCUUUCAUUACAUUUCUUGGUGUUGCUCUUGCUUGCUUGCUCGUGGCCCUCGUUGGUUUGCAAGAGACGAAUCGGAGCAAACUUGGAUUAAGCCUAAUUAGGAGACCAAAGGAAUCUGGGCAAGAAUGAUGGAGGAACAAUGAAUCCCAAACAAAUCAGAUCAGGUGCAGUCUCUGCAUCAAUUCAAAAGCAGAAUUCAUGGAAGACAUCAUCCUCGUACAAAAUCAAAAGAAGAAAUGGAUGAUGAAAAACAUAAUUUUGCAAGGACAGAUAGACCAAUCAAAAUGCAACAAGAUUACCUUCCAUGAUAUGGAUACAGUUGGAGCAACCUGUCAAAAAUAGGCAGAAUGCUUACAAAAUUUUCAAAGAAAAAAGGAAGGACAAACUUAGUUUUAUAUUUUUAUUUACACUGAACAAUUAUCUUUUUUUUUUCUUAAGAUUUUUCAUGCCUUCAUCGUUUCAUUGUAUUUUAGGAGAGCUGAUAUGAGUUAUUCUGUUUAUACGAAAGAGAGAGCUUAGAAAGUGAGAAUCAAUUUCUGUUAUGAAAAAGGCAAGAGAGGUAGGGUGUGAGAAUAUCUAAAAAAAGCUAUAGUGCCGUUUGAGAAAUUUGUUUUUUUGUAUUGGCUUGAAUUGGUAUUUGUAACUUGUAUUUGUUUAUAGUGAAAAAUUCUACCAUCUGCA